GCAUUGCACUGGUGAUAGGCCUGAAAAGCCCAUUUAACAUUUACCCUGACAAAGUGACAAGACGCAGAGACUUGGGUGUCGAAGUUUUGAACCUUGUUCUGUAGAUUAGGCAUCCAUUAGCCAUUGCACAUUCUCGUGAGUGAAUUUUUUACUGCAGGGGACGAUGAAAUUGGAUUUGAUCAAGAUCUACUCUCUCAGUAUCAGAAUCUUCAACAUUCCAUCUCUGUAUACACUAACUCUGAGCUGACUCCCAUUGACUCACAGAGUAUCCUGCUUUUGAACUACAGAGCUUCAAUCUGCCACUUCGUCUAUCACAUCAUCCAAUUAUGCUCUCAAAACCCAGAAUCUGAUGCUUUAGAAUUGCUUUAAGAAACCCGAACACGACCCACAAAUCCAUUCCCUUUCACGAACCCAAACAAAAUGCUUCUUUUUCUUCUGCUUCACUUGUUUUCUCUGCCUUUCUCUGGUCGCUGUUUAAACCAAGAGGGUUUGUAUCUUCAACAAGUGAAACAGGGCCUUUCCGAUCCAACCCAGUCACUCUCUUCAUGGAAAGAACGAGACGAGACUCCUUGUAAUUGGUUUGGCAUCACCUGCGACAACACAACUCGCCGCGUCGUCUCGGUCGAUCUUUCCAACUCAGGGCUCUCGGGUCCCUUCCCUGCUUUCCUCUGCCGCCUCCCUUCUCUCUCAUCCGUCAAUUUUGCCGGUAACGAAAUCAAUUCAUCCCUCAUUGUCGAUAUCGACGGGUGUCAGAAUCUUCAGGAGUUGAUCCUGUCGGAUAAUUUUCUUGUUGGCAAUAUCCCGGAAUCUCUGUCUUCGUUGCAGAAUCUCAGAGUGCUUGAUUUGGCGGGAAACAACUUCUCCGGUGACAUCCCGUCGAGUUUUGGUCAGUUCCGGCGACUGGAGUCGCUAUCCGUCGCGGGUAAUUUACUCAAUGGAACAAUACCCAGUUCGCUAGGCAACAUUUCUACUCUUCGUGAUCUCUUACUAGCUUAUAACCCGUACACGCCGAUUCAAAUACCGAGUGAAUUCGGCAACCUCACGAGUCUCGAGAUUUUCUGGCUCCCUUACUGUAACCUCGUGGGUUUAAUCCCGGAGAGCUUAGGUCGUUUAACUCGGCUGACAAACCUAGACGUGUCAUGGAACCGACUCACUGGGUCAAUUCCAGGAACACUAUCUGGGAUGAAGAGUAUAGUCCAGAUUGAGCUCUAUCACAACAAUUUAUCAGGUGAGAUACCUCCAUCGCUGGGUAAUUUGACGACGUUGAGGAGAUUUGACGCGUCUUCGAACAGGUUGAACGGUACAAUUCCGAACGAGUUAUGCGAGUUACCGUUAGGGUCGCUGAACCUUUUUCAAAACCGACUUGAAGGUGCUAUACCUGAGAGCAUAGCCAACUCAUCAAAUUUGUACCAGCUCAAACUGUUCAACAACAAACUCAGUGGACGAAUACCGAGUCAACUGGGGAACAACUCGGAGUUGACGUCGCUGGACUUGGCUUCCAAUCAAUUGUAUGGGGAAAUACCGAACCACUUGUGUGCCAAAGGAAGCUUAGAGGAGCUAGUCUUGAUCUACAAUUCGUUUUCUGGGAAUAUCCCAGAAAGUCUGGGUAAAUGUGGGAGUUUAGGCCGUGUCCGGCUGAGGAACAACCGGCUAUCCGGCACAGUCCCUGACAUGUUCUGGGGACUCCCACACGUGUAUUUGUUUGAGCUUUCUGAUAAUUUGUUAACUGGAGAGGUGUCUAAGAUGAUCUCUCAUGCUAGUAAUCUCUCACUCUUAUUGAUUUCAAGGAAUCAGUUUAAUGGGUCUAUACCAGAAGAGAUUGGACUCUUGAGCACUCUGGUGGAAUUCUCUGCUAGUGGUAACAUGCUUACAGGUCCAAUUCCGGAGAGUUUUGUAAAGUUGAGCCAGUUGAGCAGGCUUGAUCUUAGUCAUAAUGAAUUGAAUGGUGAAGCUCCUGUUGGAAUUCAAGAUUGGAAGUCUCUCAAUGAGCUUAAUUUGGCAAAUAAUAAGCUUUCUGGUAGUAUCUCAAGUGAAAUAGGGAGCUUGCCAGUGCUUAAUUAUCUUGAUCUUUCGGAGAAUGACUUCUCUGGGAAUAUCCCACUUGAAUUACAGAAUUUGAAGCUCAAUUUGUUGAACUUGUCGAACAAUAGGCUUUCCGGAGAGUUGCCUCCUCUGUAUGCCAACGAAAUUUACAGGAAUAGUUUUGUGGGGAAUCCAGGCUUGUGUGGUGACUUGGCUGGUCUUUGUCCUCAUAUUGGUGAAUCUAAGAACAAGCUCAAUAUGUGGAUUCUUCGAUCGAUCAUACUUGCUGGAGUAGUAUUUAUUAUUGCGGUUGUUUGGUUUUUCAUCAAGUACAGGAGUAUUAAAGAGGUGAAACAAGGAAUUGCUAUAUCGAAGUGGAGGUCAUUUCACAAAAUUAGCUUUGGUGAAUUUGAGAUUGUUGAUUCACUUAAGGAAGAUAAUGUGAUCGGAAGUGGAGGUUCCGGGAAAGUGUACAAAGUUGUUCUCAGUAAUGGUGAGACCGUUGCAGUGAAGAAACUUUGUGGAGGGACUAAAAAAGACGGUGCCAGCGCCAAUUCUCAGAAAGACGAAUACGAAGUUGAAGUUGAAACAUUGGGGAAGAUUCGGCACAAGAAUAUUGUUAGACUGUGGUGUUGUUGCAACACUGGGGUUAGCAAGCUUCUGGUCUAUGAAUAUAUGCCAAAUGGGAGCUUGGGGGAUUUGUUGCAUAGCAGCAAGGAAGGCUUGUUGGGAUGGCCUAAAAGGUAUAAAAUAGCUCUGGAUGCAGCUGAAGGUUUAUCUUAUUUGCACCAUGAUUGUGUUCCUCCACUUGUUCACAGGGACGUGAAGUCGAACAAUAUAUUGUUGGAUGCAGAGUUUAGUGCUAGGAUUGCAGAUUUUGGGGUCACUAAAGUUGUCGUCGGAGUUGGUAAAGGAGCAGAAUCCAUGUCUGUGAUUGCUGGUUCUUGUGGUUACAUUGCCCCAGAAUAUGCCUACACGCUUAAGGUGAAUGAGAAAAGCGACAUCUAUAGUUUCGGUGUUGUGAUGCUUGAGUUGGUAACCGGUAGACGCCCCAUAGAUCCGGAGUUUGGGGAGAAAGACUUGGUGAAAUGGGUUUACACUACCCUGGACCAAAAAGGGAUUGAUCAUGUUAUCGAUCCUAAUCUCGAUUCCAGUUACAAAGAAUUUAUAUGCCGGGUUCUCGACAUUGCCCUCUGUUGCACAAACUCUCUACCUAUUAAUCGGCCUUCAAUGCGAAGGGUUGUGAAAAUGUUACAAGAAGCAGGUGCAGAGAAGAAGGUGAAAACAGGCAAGAAAGAUGGUAAGCUCUCCCCAUAUUACUAUGAGGAUGAAUCUGCAGGAAGUAAUGUUUGAGAUAGUAGUAGCUUUGUCCUGAAAUUUCAUUUUCCUUGUAUUUGAUUUCAUGGGGCAAAGGGAAUGGGAGAGCAAUUAGUUUGAUAGAGAUAUUUGGAUGUGCACAGCUUCAAAAAGCAAAUCUACAGUGAGUCACAGAUCAAGACGUUGAAAAUAGUGUAGCUGUUAGUGUUAUGGUUGUAGACUUAUAGUUAGGUGAAUUCCUAUCUGGUUAGGUGAAUUUUAAGUUUGUAAACAUGCAAAAGCAUUAGAUUUUGUUGUCUAUCCGUGUGGCUGAGAACACUCACAAUCGAGGCACAAGGAUGCAAUUAUCAAAGACGUUUUCAGUAA